GGUGCUGAAACAGCUCCCCGUUGCUUGCCUUUGAUUGGCAAAGGCUGACACUGAUUGACAAGGAGCCAUGGCAACCCAGCAGCCAAUCUGCCAAGUCCAAUAGAAAAUCGUUUGUUGUCUCAGGGCAGCUUCUUCCCUUUAACAGCAGAUCGGCUGUGAUACCUUAGCUUGGCUCUUGGAGUUAGCAAGUGCAUGCAGAGAUCUGCAGCGUGAGCGUCGCGCUGCCUGGCGUUGCUUCCUUCGCUGGAAUCUGCGUCAAGAUAAGAUUAAAAAAAACUAAAAAAUAAAAGCAGCGUCAAUGUUCCAGCUGCCCAUUUUGAACUUCAGCCCCCAGCAGGUCGCUGGGGUGUGCGAGACCCUGGAGGAGAGCGGGGACAUUGAGCGUUUGGGUCGUUUUCUCUGGUCUUUGCCGGUGGCCCCAGCAGCCUGCGAGGCCCUCAAUAAAAAUGAGUCCGUUCUGCGAGCCAGGGCGAUCGUGGCUUUUCACACGGGCAACUUCAGAGACCUCUACCACAUAUUGGAGAACCAUAAAUUCACCAAGGAUUCGCACACCAAGCUGCAGGCUCUGUGGUUGGAGGCUCACUAUCAGGAGGCUGAGAAGCUUCGGGGGAGACCCUUGGGGCCGGUAGACAAGUACAGGGUGAGGAAGAAGUUCCCACUGCCCAGAACUAUUUGGGACGGAGAACAGAAAACACACUGCUUUAAAGAAAGAACACGGCACUUGCUUAGGGAAUGGUACCUACAAGAUCCCUACCCAAACCCCAGCAAAAAAAGAGAACUGGCCCAGGCAACUGGACUUACCCCAACACAAGUAGGGAAUUGGUUCAAAAACCGAAGGCAAAGGGACCGAGCGGCAGCAGCCAAAAACAGGCUGCAGCAGCAGGUCUUGUCCCAGGGAUCUGGACGCUCAUUGGGCCCAGAUGAACGAGGGGAACCGUUGGGCUCAGCCUCCAGUCCUGCAGCUAGCCUGUCCAGCAAAGCGGCCACCUCUGCCAUUUCCAUCACAUCCAGCGACAGUGAAUGUGACAUCUGACCUAUGGGGCAUACUUAACGCAGCAAAAA